CACACACAACACACACACACACAACAAAGGCGCGCCGGGCAGCCAGCUUGCUCGACUUACCGUGUUCACCUGACUGUCCCCUCCUUCCCCGCUUGCUUGCCAUUGCCGUUUGCGCUCCUUUGGUUUGGCUGGCUGCACUGGCUGGUGUGUGUCUGCUCGACAUUCAACCGUGGGUUCGAGCGAGCAAGAGGCCCACGACUCCAUCCCUUCGCCCGCUUGCAACAACGCAGCAGGAUCAAGUAGUGCCACCUCCACGUUGUUGAACCCGUCCCCAUUGCCGUCGCCAUCGCCAUGUCACACAACCACCACCAUCAUCCGCAGCAGCAGCAGCACGAGCAGCAGCAGCAGCAGCAGUGUUCACUCCCUCUAUUGCCUCCCGAGAUGAGUCAAGCUGCGUGCUCUUCGUCACCUGCGGGCAUUCCGUGUACACCGCCACGCAAUGCGCGGAGCACGACGGAAAGCGGCGCUGCCGUCAACGCCAGCCCCUUUGCCAACCUCAAGCUCCUAUCGCAGCUGGCCAGCCCCCCAAGGGAGGAUCGCCAGACGCAGUCGCUACAGCGACAAAAGAGCGCGCAGGCACUGCGCACGCUGACGGCGGUGGCAGCGCAAGAGCUGCAGGCGUCGCCUGCGCGCGCAAAACCAAACCUUCAGUCGUCUUCAUCGCCUCAGACAGAUGAUUCGCCAACAACUGGCGAUUGUCAGCAGGGCAGCGGGCGCAAGGGGAAUACCCUCAUGAGCAUCACCACGCAGUUCUGCGACAUUUGCAAAGGCGACAUUGGCGCUGAGAUUGCCCUGGACACCGUGGCACGACAACUCGGUGUUGGUCGGCGUCGCAUCUAUGACGUGGUGAAUGUGUUUGAAGGGCUGGAACUUGUCACGCGCAAGGGCAAGAACACAUACAUUUGGAAAGGAUUUGACAACAUCAACGGGACGCUCGCAAAGCUCAAGGCGCUGUCCAUCACCCACCUCGACAGCCCCACUCGCCCAUCUCACACGCUUGACGCUCCACAGCAGUCUCCGCUUCAAGAGAGCGAGGCGACGAAGAAAGAGCGUUCGCUGGGUGUUCUUGCACAGCGGUUCAUCAUGCUCUUCAUGCGAGCACCGGACGGUAUGGUGAGCAUGGACGAGGCAGCAGACAAACUCAUCUUUGGGCCAGGCUGCCCCGAGGAGAAGCGAAGCAAGACGAAAAUCCGCCGCCUGUAUGACAUCAGCAACAUCUUGAUGAGCCUGAACCUGAUUGCGAAAGUCAGUGAACCUCCGUCACGCCACGACAACAAACGCGCCGUGUUUCGCUGGUCAAGCAUCGACCUCUCGUCCCUGCAGGCAGCCUCAGUGUCCAAAGUGAAGAUUCGCACCCGAACAGAGACGAACAGACGAAACCAGAAACAGAGCCUGUUCCAUCCAGACUCGCCUGAGGGGAAAGGGAGCCCUACGCGUGGCCCGAAGAAACCCAAGCGGACGUCGACCACCGGUAGUCGCGCCCGCUCGCGUGCACUCGGCAGGCAGCCCUCGUUUGCCGCUGACACGCCACAGACGCGCCUGCCCUUCCGCUUCCCACAGUCGGCGCUCGUCACACCGCACAACGCUUCGCCGUUGUCGACGAACACCGCCUCCACCUCAAUGGCGUCGGUGGCACCGGCAGGGACGGGCCAGGCGCAAGCAACAGCCGCGGUGGCAGUGUCCUCAGCACAGCACCGACAUCAACAACAGUAUCAACAGCAGCAGCAGUCGUCGUUGCCCCAAUUCUCGUUCAACGACGCUGCAACUCAACAGCAGCAGCAGCAGCAGCAGACUUACGCCACCCACGCACCACAAGUGCACACACACCAGUCUCAUGCUACCGACGCUCACGCACAGCGCACGCAAGACGCACCAGCUCAGUACCAGCAGCAGCAGCGGUGCAGGGACGUGCCUGGUGUUUCCAUCUGCAGUUCAGUACCAGAGGAGUGUGCUGGCGUGAUUCCGCUGUCGGCCGCCUUUGACACGCAGCCCACCGACACCUCGAUGGCAUCGGUGUUCACCCCGCCGCAUGCUGUCGUGCGCACACCGUGCACGGCCUCUUCUGCCUCGUCCGCCACGACAGCGUCUGUCCGCAGCGUCAUGAGCAACGCAGCCCCAUCCACCAUGUCCCGCUCGUCCGCGUCAUCGCGACAGUACCGCUCCCGCGUUUAUGUGUCUAACGCAGAUCAGUCGCCGCAGUUCAGCUCGCCAGGGUUUGCAGGCGACACCGUCUCCAACACAGGCACGCCCGCAUACACGCACGCAUCCUCCGCGCACACCAACAACCACAAACAGCAGCACCAGCAAGAGCACCAUCACCAUCACCACAACGACCAGCAGCAUCAGCACCAGGGCGGAUCGUCGGAGCAGCGCAUGUAUUACAAAGGCCCGUCGCGGCGAGAGGGGCUUGCGCCAUAUCCCAUCACGGAACACAUCCAGAUGGCACUUGGGUACUCGCCCAAGAGCCAGGAGAGGCUUUACAGACACACGCCACCACCAUCAGCCAAGACACUUGCAGCAGCGCCAGCAUCAUCAUCAGUCACCGCCAUUGACACGUUGAAUGUGCAGUACCACGAGCAGCAGAAACGCGUCGUCACUGGGCGCGACGUGCCGCCGUCAUCGUCUUCAUCAUCGCUGACACACGCGCUAGCGAGCACGACAAAGCAGUGCCAGUACACGCAGGAGCGCAUUCAUGUCCAGCAGACGAGUGAGUACAGCUACCAGCAGCAAUACCAGCACCAGCAGCAACAACAACAACAGCAGCAAUACCAGCAGCAGCAGCAGCAACAACAGCCGUUGCACGGACUGGUGUUUUCGCCGCUUUCGCUUCCAAAGGAGGCUGGGCGCUCUGCCGUUGGACACACGCACGCUGGCGCGCACAUGCCGAGGUGAUGGUAGUGCCGAGUGGUGCAGCGGUGGAAGAAAUCCAACAACACGGCCAGGUCAGUGACGUGUUUGGGCAGCAGUGGUGGUUGCACCCACGAUGCUGCUCGUAGCUGCGUGCUGAUGAUUGAAUUGUGCUUGAACGCUUGGCCGGGUGCAACACCUUCCUUGUACGCCAGGAGCCAGGCUGUCUUGCCUUCUGAUGAUGAUGAUGAUGAUGAUGAUGAUGAUGACGCUAUUUGCUUACGUUGUCGUUUUGUCUUGUGUUCUUUGACGCUGUGUCGUUUGCGUCGUGGCAUUUCUCUUUGUCCUAUCGCUUGUUUGCUUCGUUUUCUCUAUUCGCUUCUGCACCUUUCCUGUUUCCCCCCCCCCCUUCCUUCCGCUUGCAUGUUUUUGCCUCCUCCUCCUCCUCCUCUCCCUCUUCAGCUGCUGCGAAGCACACACGUGUGCCCAUUGCGCUUGUCUUUGUUUUAACUGUGCGACGAGGGUGUGACAUGACGUGAAUAUCUGUGAAUGUGGGUGAGGGUGUUGCGAAUGUGUAGGUUGGGGCUGCUUCAAUAGACAGACCAUCGUUUAUGAGAAC